UGCGGAGGGGCGGACGGCGUCGGCGGCACUCCGGGCUGCUGACCGCGGUUCGGCUCCUCACCGUGCCGAUAUGGCGGCCGAGAAGGACCAGCACAAGGAUGUCGAAGCGGAAGGGCUGAGCGCCACGACCCUGCUGCCCAAGCUGAUCCCGUCGGGCGCGGGCCGGGAGUGGCUGGAGCGCCGCCGCGCCACCAUCCGGCCCUGGGGCCCCUUCGUGGACCAGCGGCGCUUCUCGAGGCCCCGCAAUCUGGGCGAACUGUGCCAGCGCCUCGUCCGCAACGUGGAGCACUUCCAGAGCAACUACGUCUUCGUGUUCCUGGGCCUCAUCCUGUACUGCGUGGUGACGUCCCCCAUGCUGCUGGUCGCCCUGGCGGUCUUCUUCGGCGCCUGUUACAUCCUCUACCUGCGCACGCUGCAGUCCAAGCUUGUGCUCUUUGGCCGAGAGGUGAGCACAGCCCAUCAGUACGCGCUGGCCGGAGGCGUCUCCUUCCCCUUCUUCUGGCUGGCUGGUGCCGGCUCGGCCGUCUUCUGGGUCCUGGGGGCCACCCUCGUGGUCAUCGGCUCCCAUGCCGCCUUCCACCAGAUCGAGGCUGUGGACGGCGAGGAGCUGCAGAUGGAGCCUGUGUGAAGUGGUGGCCUGGAGGACCGGCCACCCCACCCCCUCCACCCGCCUCCUGCACGCACGGCUCUGUUGCUGAGCCCCAAGGCCCCUUGCCCACCACAGACCCAGGGAGGGAUGGCAGCUCUGGGAAUAAAGCUGUUACUCCAGUCGUCAUUCCGCAAACACUC